AACAAGCCAUCCACCCAACUAGCUACUCAACCUAUUAGAUCUCUGAACAAUACAAUUCAUGUAGACAACUCCUUGCUUCAAAGCAGAAAGUUCAUCCUGUAGAAAGUAAAAAUAAAUACAACUUUUUAUUAAAAAAAAGAACAUCAGGAAUACCAAGAGCAAAGUCUUGGAGAAAAUUACUUCCCACAACGGCUGAAGUAUAAUUUGGAACUCUAUAGGUCAGUACUUAAGUCAAUGUUUUUCUAUUAAUUCAGUUUAUAGCUAAAGUACUGAGAGAUACCGACAUGAAAUAUUUGCACCCAAAAUACACUCAUAAUCUAUUAUUCCAGUUCCCUCUAUAACCACUUUUUCACCCACCCUACAAGUUCUCCAGCAGAACCUGCAUAUUUGCAAAGUGUUCUCCUAUGUUGACAUUGUAUUAUAAAUGACUGAGAAAAAUUUCAGAGACAACUUGGAAAGAGAACAGAAGCAUUUUUGCUCACCUUUUCCCAUUCAGCUUAUCUAUAUUAAAUGGUGAUAAUCAGUAACUACUUACUAAGCUUUCAAAAAGUGAUUGGCACAUAUAGUCCUUGUUCAGCAAGAUUUAAAGGACAAGGCAUAAUUUGAGAACAUAAAGUGUAACACAAAGCUCCCAAAUGUUCAUGCCAUAACAUGACAUAUGACAAGAGAUACUCAAGAGUGAGUACCUUGAGAGAGAGGUAUUCUAUUGUCCUCCAUAAAAAAUGGGAGCAUGGUCCUCAGCAGUGGCUUUGAGCUUAGAUGGAAACAGAAAAUUAUAAUUUCCAUCUACACCCCUUUAAUGGCUCUCCAUAUUCACCACCCCCAUUCUCUUUCAUCUGGCCAAUUUGAAAGAUGAGAUGAAAUAAGAGUAAGAAGAGAGAGAGAACCUGAAUGAGAAUGAAUUUCGACAGGUGAGGGUGUGGCACACAAGUUAUUUUCAGGACCUCGUGCUAUUGUAUUCUUGGAAAAGUUAAGUGGACAGCCAAAUGUUAUGCUUUACCAGAAAGGAGCUAGGAGUUCAAACUUCAUAGAAAAAUUAAAAUUCAUUGGGAAAAAACCUUGACAUUAAUGAAAAACAUAUAUAAUAUUAUAGUCAUCGAUUCUCAUAAACACAAUGGCCCCAUUUGAUAGAUUUUUACUUCUCUCAUUUUGGAUCUCCACUGAACUCUAAGUCACAUUCAAUCAUCGAAAUGGUGUAAUAAGCAGUGGCUUAAAACCUGGGGUAUUUAUUAUAGAAGUGACCAGUAUAUAAUGACCAAUCAUUACCAUAGGAAAUUACAAUCCUUUUCAGUAUCGUGCAAUGUUAAGUGGGAAAAGUUCAAGAAAAUAUUCUAAAGGUAUGUUCUCUUGCAUAAAUAUUCCUAUUACAAAUGUGUGUCAAAGACCACUAUAAAACUAAAAUUUACUUCUUUCUCAUACAUGUUCAUCUAAGUCAGUGUUUAAAAUUCUAUUGACUAACAAUUGAAGUGUAUACUUUGUCUGGAUUCUCACUCAGAAAAAACCUACAUAAAGACAUAGUUUCUGAGACACAAGGAAUUUAAAAUGAACUGGAUAUUACACAACUCCAGAGGAUUACAGCCAAUGUGUUAGGUGUGAUAAUGGCACAGGGUCAUGUGACAAAGUGUCCAUACUUUAAAAAUAUACAUACUAAAGUACGACUAGGUGAAAUGAGAUUUGCUUUAAAAUAUUUUAGCAAAGAAUUGAAUCUGACAAUUAUUGAAUCUUGGUAAUGAGUUUCUGGAGGUUCAUGUAUUAUUUUUGUAUUAUUUUUCAGUUUUGUGUAAGUUUGAAAUGUUCCAUAAUAAUUUUUUAAAGACUUAAAAACAUUAUAUUGUCUAGAUACACUCAUAAAGAACUCAGGCAGGGAAAAAAACGUUUAAAUUUAAAAUUUAAAUUUUAAACUGAAGUGCAGUUUUAAAAAUCUGAAUUUUAAAUUUAAAAACUGAAGUGCAAAAAUUAUUAAAUUGACAUUUAAAAAUCUAUUCUUUUAUACAGCUAAUCUGGAUUUCAUCUAACUUAAGAAAAAGCUUUAAUGAAGACCCUGUUAAAAGUUUGUAUCAAAUGAGGACUUAUAACGCUUUACUCCAAAGCAACAAAACGCAUAUGCCCAAAAGAUGUAUAAAACAGGCAUACAUUUAGAAGGAAAAAAAAAAAAAAAGCAGCCUUUUCUCUGCUACAAAUGUUUAAAACUCACAGUAUACUCUUUCUAUCUCAAAGACUUUUAAAAAUUAUUUUCCAUCUUUAGGGAAAACCAUAUGAGAAAAUAACUCAGCAACAUGUCUGUGAAUAAUGCCUAGCAAAGCUAAAAAAAAAAAAAAAAAAAGCUUCUAGCCAAAAAGACUAACAGGAAAAAAUGAACAUUUUCAAAAGCAUUUUGGAACUUUAUUCCAGCUACCUCCAUGCUAAGCCCUCUUUUUCCUCCCAAAAUACGUCACUUAACUGUCUGUCAAAUAACUCUUGCCCAUUCUACCUGAUCACACUCUGAAGCUGCAGCUUUUCCUGGAUUCGCUUCUCAAUGACAAGCUGUUCAAACAGAGAACACCUAUCAAAACGAAUAUCAUCAUCUGCUCCUUUCUUUCUUCCUUUCAGGAUAUACUGCUGUCCAGCAGGGGAAGUAAUUAAUGAGUUUUUUAUGUAUGGCAGCGUCAUCCCAUCAGUUUGCUGUCUGGUUUGAAUAGCUCCUAUCAGCUCUUCAUUCAUGCCAAGUACGCUCACCGUCCAGAGACAUGAUAAAGCCGUGCUUCCUUCUGGAUUUUUACCUCACUAUUCAAAAAACAGUGUACCAGAAGCAUGGGUUACAAAAGCAUGAGGAAGACGGAAGAAAUGCCUUCAUCUUCUACGGAAAGGAAGCUGAUGGACUGAAAAGUUGGCAUGGAGAAAGGAAAGCAAGAGAGUGCAAGAACAUCCAUGCUUCUAGUCCAGAUAAUGUUUUUUAAAGCAGCUUGAUUUGGAAGCGUGUGUAAUUCUGAAAUACGAACAAGCAGAACUUUUCCAGGGGUAAAAUGCAUAUAGGAACAACCAGGAUUUCUCAUUGCUGAAGCAUUCAAUGAAUCUUUAAUAAGUUCUCAACACUCAAAUUGUUUGUGGUCAGAUCAACUGCUGUUAUCAGAUAAAGGCAAAACUCACCCUUCUGGUUCUAUAAUCCUAUCCAAAUGGAGUCUUCGUCUACCCCAUACUAUCCUAACUAAUGCUACAAGAUUAUCAGGAAUACAGAUAUAAAGACACUGCAAGAAAUAAAACACUGGCAAAAUAAAACAUGAAAGGAAAGUAGAGAAGGCAUUUCGGGUCUCGAAGCUUACUAUUUCCAGCCAGAGUUCAAAUUACUGAGCUUCAAACAAACCACUGCCAGGAACUCAGGAAAUCAUUCUCAACCUUGCAACUUAAAAUAUGGUACAUGGAUCAGUAGCAUCAAGAAUACUCAGGAGAUUUUCAGAAAUGUGCUAUUGUGAAAUAUGGCCAAGAUGGCGGAUUAGAAGCAGCAGCAGCCUGCAGCACUCAUGCAAAGGAAUGAAAGGUGUGAGUGAAUACAGCAUCUUCAACUGAAAUAUCCAGGUUCUCGCUUUGGGACUAAUUGGGCAAACAACUUGACCCACAGAAAACAAAGAAAAGCAGGGUGGGGUGACGGCCCACCUGGGAGCAGCACAGAGCCAAAGGAACCCCCACCUCCAGCCAAGGGAAGCGAUGCUGGCCAAGAAGAACUGAAAUAGAAAACAGCCUAGAACCUAACACUAUUCUACUGUAAAAUUUUUGCACCAGGAUGGAAGGAGACUCUUACCACAAUGCAACCACCGUCAAUGGCACCCCAGUAAAUCACCAGCCUUUGGAACGCCACAGGUUGUGGGAAGUCAUCACCAUUGCAGCCGUGACUGCUGUGGUAAGCCUGAUCACCAUUGUGGGCAAUGUCUUGGUCAUGAUCUCCUUCAAAGUCAACAGCCAGCUCAAGACAGUUAACAACUAUUACCUGCUCAGCUUAGCCUGUGCAGAUCUCAUCAUUGGGGUCUUCUCCAUGAACCUCUACACCACCUACAUCCUCAUGGGACGCUGGGCUCUUGGGAGUCUGGCUUGUGACCUUUGGCUUGCACUGGACUACGUGGCCAGCAACGCUUCUGUCAUGAACCUUCUGGUGAUCAGUUUUGACCGUUACUUUUCCAUCACAAGACCCUUGACAUAUCGGGCCAAGCGUACUCCGAAAAGGGCUGGCAUCAUGAUUGGCUUGGCCUGGCUGAUCUCCUUCAUCCUCUGGGCCCCAGCAAUCCUCUGCUGGCAGUACUUGGUUGGGAAGCGGACAGUUCCACUGGAUGAGUGCCAGAUCCAGUUUCUCUCUGAGCCCACCAUCACUUUUGGCACUGCCAUUGCUGCCUUCUACAUCCCUGUUUCUGUCAUGACCAUCCUCUACUGUCGAAUCUACCGGGAAACAGAGAAGCGAACCAAGGACCUGGCUGACCUCCAGGGUUCUGACUCUGUGACUGAAGCUGAGAAGAGAAAGCCAGCUCAUAGGGCUCUGUUCAGAUCCUGCUUGCACUGUCCUCGACCCACCCUGGCCCAGCGGGAAAGGAACCAGGCCUCCUGGUCAUCCUCCCGCAGGAGCACCUCCACCACUGGGAAGCCAUCCCAAGCCACUGGCCCAAGCGCCAAUUGGGCAAAAGCUGAGCAGCUCACCACCUGUAGCAGCUACCCUUCCUCAGAGGAUGAGGACAAGCCCGCCACUGACCCUGUCCUCCAAGUGGUCUACAAGAGUCAGGGUAAGGAAAGCCCAGGGCAAGAAUGCAGUGCUGAAGAGACUGAGGAAACUUUUGUGAAAGCUGAAACUGAAAAAAGUGACUAUGACACCCCAGACUACCUUCUGUCUCCAGCAGCUGCUCAUAGACCCAAGAGUCAGAAAUGUGUGGCCUAUAAGUUCCAAUUGGUGGUAAAAGCUGACGGGACUCAGGAGACCAACAACGGCCGUCACAAGGUGAAAAUCAUGCCCUGCUCCUUCCCAGUGGCCAAGGAACCUUCAACGAAAGGCCUCAAUCCCAACCCCAGCCAUCAAAUGACCAAACGAAAGAGAAUGGUCCUAGUCAAAGAGAGGAAAGCAGCCCAGACGCUGAGUGCCAUUCUUCUGGCCUUCAUCAUCACAUGGACCCCGUAUAACAUCAUGGUCCUGGUUUCUACCUUCUGUGACAAGUGUGUCCCAGUCACCCUGUGGCACUUGGGCUAUUGGUUGUGCUAUGUCAAUAGCACUGUCAACCCCAUCUGCUAUGCCCUCUGCAACAGAACCUUCAGGAAGACUUUUAAGAUGCUGCUUCUCUGCCGAUGGAAAAAGAAAAAAGUGGAAGAGAAGUUGUACUGGCAGGGGAACAGCAAGCUACCCUGAAAAGUUAACAACUCCUCUCGAAAGAACAAUGACCACAGUCAACAUCCUCUGAGGAUGAGCAAGCUGAUUCUGGUUUGUAUAUUUUCAAAAAGAAGACAUCUCAUUUUGAGUCCUUGAAGAUUUUUGUAAAGGCUCAAGGUUGGUUGCCAAAUGGAAGGGGUCACAGCUGCAGCAAUUGCUGACAUAUUAAGUGACUCUUGCCUAUGACCAAGGCCAUUUGAUGCCAGUGGAGUUUGCCAAUGAAGUAAAGAGAUAGGCUCAUGGCCCUUCACAGGAGGAAGCACACUGGGUAACAAGGAACAGUGACUCAGGGAACUUAUGUCCCUUCUGUAGGAAACAGCAGAGACCAGGUGGAAACCUUUUCCUGUGGAAACCUGCCAUAGAAUUUUGUGCAAUAUGUAUGUGUCUAUGAAGCUGUCUUGUGCCAGUGAGAACCAGGAGAAUGUACAACAGUGUCACUUGUUAACAAGACUGAUAUUCAACCGGCUUCUAAGAAUAUGUAUCUUCAUGAACUGAUCACUGUCUAUUAUGCAGCUAUUAUGUGGUAUACACUGUACUGUGGUUCGUUUUCCUGUCCCUACAUCUGAGUGAAGGUCUUGCUCUUCCCUUUCAUAUCCAAUGUCAAUUCCUUGUACUCACUGAACCCAUGCUAAUCUCCAGGGAACCAUCCUUCCUCUCAGAAUCCAGAGUCUGGAAGGACUGAAACCUGGUCAUACCCAGUCCUUUCAAGGGGCCUCUAUUCUACUAAUAAAGAUGGACCAAGUCUCCACAGUCAGUUAUUUUAGUUUUUGCCAGUAGAAAUUUUUUCUUUUAUCUAAACAAAUAUUGUACAUUCUAUUUUGUGCCCAUUUGAACCCAUUUAAUUAUGCUCUGUUCUUAGGAAGACUAAUUGUGUAAGAGCCCUUCACUGGCUGAAGAUUUUCUCCAGGCUAUUGAAUUAAGGUUCUUAUAUUGUUUUCAGGGAUCUUGCUUUCUAAUCUCUUCACAGGGCAAACCUGAGCAAAAUGUGGUAAACAAAUUUGCUUUUGAACUUCUUCCAGAGCCCUUUUGCAGCCUCCAAUUUCCCUUGUUCAGAUCCCCAGUUCACACCAAGAUGCAAGCAGGUCAGCUGUGCUGCCUCCAAGCAGGAGGUUGCGGGGUGGGGUGGAAAGAUUUUCUUUUUUUAUAGGUCCUUCAAAUCAGGGCCUAAAAAUGACUUCUUCAUUCCUCUCCAAAUUCAGUCAAAAAUGAGAAGGCCAGAAAAGCACACUUGAGGGUGCGAUGAAGCUGAAAAUGAUCUGAAAGCUUCAUUUUUAAAAACAAAGUGUAGGUCAUAGUAAUGCAUAAAAAUAAAACAGUUAACAUGCAUGACAGCAUGAAGAUUAUUAAAAACCACAUUUAAUUGAAAUCUCUAAGUGCAUAUAAACAAACAGAAUCAAAGGACCUUUGUGGACAAAAGGCCACAAAGAAGCAGUAGUGUGGUACACAACAAGGAUUUUAAAGAUGAAACACUCCUGUCAGACAUUAUUUAACUUGUUGGUUACAUCUGCAGCUGGAUUUAAAAAUCUCCAGACUUCAUGCGUCUUAGUGUAGGCCAGGUCCUUUUCAGUCUCAUUUGCUAAGAGGAUGGAAAAAUACCUGGUUUAGUUGUCCUGGGAAUUAGAUAUGUACCUGAGUAUGGGAGACCUUCAGCCUACCACUGAAGAGCAUCAUCAGCCUCUCACAGGAUGUCCCACAGAGGCUUCAGGGCAGUAGAAUCUCAGGCAGGAUGGGACUGGUCCCUUAUAAAGACUUCACGUUGACAUGAAACAUCUUGUAAGCAGUGCAUCUGCUGAGCCUUUGUAAAGGGCAGGUUGACACCUGCAAAGAAUUUGGUGGGAACAGUAAUUGGCUCAGUUCUCCAGCACAGAGGCUCUCGGGCCUGUAUGAUGCCAACUGGGUGUGACUUCAUGAGCAAACCUGCUCUACCAGCUCCAGAUAAACAGUUGAGUCUUCGUUUAAGGCUUUGAUUCCUGAUAAAGAUGAAAACCUCUUCAUGAGAAUAGGCUUUUAAGCCCAUGUUGGGCAUUCACCAUUCGCAGUUGAGAGUGAAACCAGCUAAUUUAAACAAAAGAACACAAAUCGGGAAAGGAUGCCAUGGAGGGCGCUCUUUGCACACUCCGCACUUGCUUAGGACUUGGACUUUUUUGUUCAUCUUUUGUGAAAUUGAUUAAGAAGUGUAUUGCUGGGUGUGGUGGCUGACACCUGUAAUCCCAGCACUUUGGGAGGCUGAGGCAAGAGGACUGCUUGAGCCUAGGGGCUCAAGACCAGCCUGGCAACAUAGGGAGACCCCGUCUCUACAAAAAAAAUUUUAAAUACCUGGGCAUUAGCAGGGCAUGGUAGUCUGUGCCUGUAGACCCGGCUACUUCAGAGGUUGAAGCAAGAGGAUCGCAUGAGCCCAGGAGUUAGAGGUUGCAGUGAGCUAUGAUCACACCACUGCACUCCAGCCUGGGUGACAGAGCAAGACCCUGCCUCAAAAAAAAAAAAAAAGAGAGAGAGAGAGAUCGAUGCUUCUUUCUUUAUCAUUGGCUUUGGAAAGCAGCCAGUUUUGCAGACUACCUAUGCUUCUUGACAUAGACAAAAAAUAUCCCAAACUACGAGGGACAACUAGACUUCUAUAGAAUAGGGGCUUUAGUGGGGUCCUCAGAAUGAAUAGACCUAAUUGUAAACUACAGGGACCUGAUGGGUGGGUGGGAGGCGCAUGGUCUGACUUGAGAUCUUAGGCCUUCAAUGCCCCCAGUCUUCCAGGCUUUGUCUAUAGUAAACCAUGUACGACUUUGGCUAGUUACCUACUGGAUGCUGUUACUUUGCUGUCAUUGUAAUUUGUUUCCCCUUGGCUCUGAAUUUGACGGCUUGUCAGGGAAUCUGUUUUCCAUUCAAUUUUUGGUUAACCAAAGCAUUUUGUCAAAUUCUCAGCUUUUGCUUUGCUCCUUUGUGAAUGUCCUUUGAAGACGAUACUGAUGCCAGCUCUUUGUAAUUGUGAAAUCUGUACCCAAACCUCUGGACUAGAAUCUCCAGUUGUCUACUGUAAAUAUUGGAAUUACAGCAAAGGAUAUGGGGACUGGGCUGCUUUUCUGUAUUGUACAAGCACUAUUCUAGAUAUUAAAGAAAUUUAACCGCA